CAACAAUGCAUCAAGUGCUCGUUGCCAAUACAAAUCCAACCAUUUGCAUUCCUUUCCAAAAGAAUCACAGCCUUCAUUCACCGAAACUAAAACCAUGUUGAAGAAGCAAUCUCUCUUGUCCUUCUCACUAGCACUGCUAGUUUCCUUUAUGUAUUGCACCACCACUUUAGCCCAAUUAUCACCAGCUUCUGCCCCUCUCAAACCAACCCAACCUACACCUACCCCACCGGCUGCAGCUCCUCAACAACCAUUGGUUCCUUCAUUGCCACAGUCACCAAGUGAUUCCACUCCUGACAGUACUCCAGCUGUUGACAUUGUUGGAAUCCUGAGGAAGGCAAAGUCAUUCAACAUCCUAAUCCGCCUCAUGAAAACUACCCAAUUGAUCAACCAACUCAAUGCACAGCUCCUCACUACUAAAUCCGGAGGCAUCACCAUUCUUGCCCCAGAUGACAGUUCCUUCUCUGAACUCAAAGCAGGCUUCCUCAACUCUGUUUCUGAUGGCCAAAAGCUCGAGCUCUUACAAUUCCACGUUAUUUCAGACUAUGUCUCUAGCUCCAACUUUGAUACUCUGACCAACCCUGUGAGAACGCUAGCAGGAGCUAAACCUGGAAAGGUGGAACUGAAUGUGAUAAGUUACGGAGGGAGUGUGAACAUCUCGACGGGUGAGGUUAACACCACCAUUACUGGCAUUAUAUAUACGGAUAAACAUCUUGCUAUUUAUAAGGUGGGUAAGGUGCUUCUUCCUAUGGACUUCUUUGCUGUGUCUAAGGCACCUGCAAAGGCACCCUCUUUGGCACCAGAACCAUCCGCAAAGGCUCCUAAAGCGGAUAAGGAGAAGUCACUGUCUCCAGAUUCCUCAGAAUCAUCUGAGAUUAAUUCCACAAACGAGAAUUCUGGCACUGUGAAUAUCAAUGUGCAUGCAAAGUGGGUGCCCCUUGUUCUUGGACUGGUUCUCAUGACUGUAUUCUUAUCAUAAACCAGAAAAGAACCCAAGCUAUUACAUACCAUAAAGUUAAUACUGGAGAGUGCUAUAUAUGAUUGCGAGAAUGGAGUGAGCACUACUGUAGUGGAUUAGUUUCGAGGAUUUGAGAUUGUAUCCCUUUAUGAAUUUAUUCUGAGAUAUGUUAUGGCAGCUUCAAUGUUUUUUGAUGCACA